GUCCCACCCUCUGAGAUAGAGAGAGAGAGAGAGAGAGCGCGCGAAGUCGAGAAACCCUCUCCACCAAAACCCUAGCCAGCUUUCCAUCUCCCUCCCUCCCUCCCUCCCUCCCUCUCACCGUCCAUCAUCAGAUCAAGAUGGGUCGCGUCCGCACCAAGACCGUGAAGAAAUCCUCCCGGGUGGUGAUCGAACGGUACUACUCGCGUAUGACGCUGGAUUUCCACACGAACAAGAAGAUCUUGGAGGAGGUGGCCAUCAUCCCUUCCAAGCGCCUCCGCAACAAGAUCGCAGGGUUCUCGACGCAUCUGAUGAAGCGGAUCCAGCGGGGUCCAGUCCGCGGCAUCUCCCUCAAGCUCCAGGAGGAAGAGCGCGAGCGACGCAUGGACUUCGUUCCCGACGAAUCCGCCAUCAAGACCGACGUCAUUGAGGUCGACAAGGAGACGAUCGACAUGCUUGCCGCCCUCGGCAUGGCCGAUCUCCCCGGCGUCGUGAAGCAGGCAGAUCCGCCAAUGGCCGCCCCCGCCUACUCGAAACCGCUCGGUGGGUUCCCCGGCCGCAGGGCGUAGGUGAGUCCUGAUAGUUUGAGUCGGACCAGGCCGUGCCCAUCCGACAGAUAGUAUCAAUGCUUAAUUAUCUUGAUUUGGAGUUUUGAUGUUUGGUAGUUGAGAUUUUCAGGACUUAGUAAAUGGAAUGAUUUUGUUUGAUGCGGA